AUGGUGAUCUCAAUCUGCCAGGCUGUGCUCACAUAUGUGCCCCUUCUGUGGUUUGUGAGGGUGACUGAUGGGAUGCCUGACCCCACUCAGAGGGAUCUGCUGAUGCGUCAGGAAGCAUCCAGGCAGACGGGAGGCCUAGUGGUGCUGACAGCGGCUGAACAGAAGCUGGAUGCUUACCUCCAUCGAUUAAAGGAGAAAGAGAUGUCUGCUGCCCAGUUCCCGCCUGCUUUGCAUUUCUUCAAAGCAAAGCCCCUCAUCCAGAAGAGCUCAAUCUUCAAACUGCUGCAGAAGAUGCCUAAAGGUGGAGCUCUGCACAUCCACAGCUCGUCUCUGGUCAGCGUUGAAUGGCUGGUGAAAAACGUCACCUACAGACCGAACUGCUACAUCUGCUUCACCUGGGACAACUCGGUCCGCUUCCUGUUCUCCGACCACCAGCCCUUCCCACGGUGGGACUGCUUCUACUGGCAGCUGCUCGCGACUUUAAGAGCCAAAGUUGGAGACCCUAUAGGCUUUGAUAACAGUUUAAUGCAGCACCUCACACUGUUCACUGAGAAUCCAGAUGGCGAGUACCCAAACCAAGAUGUGGUGUGGGAGAAGUUUGAGAAAGCCUUCAUCGCAGCUGCCGGGUUAGUCACCCAUGCUCCUGUGCUGAAGGACUACUUCUACAGAGGCCUGCAGGAGCUUCACCUUGACAACAUCCUCUAUCUGGAGCUCAGGAGUGGUCUCUCAAGGACAUAUGAGCUCGAUGGAACCAUUCACGAUAAGGUCUGGACUCUGAAAACGUUUCAAGAGGUUACAAGGAAGUUUAUAGAAGAUCAUCCGGACUUUUUUGGGGCUCGGAUCAUAAUAUCUGUUCACAGGGCUCUGGGUGUGUCUGAGGUCAAAGCAGCUGUGAAAGAAGCCAUUCAGCUACAAAAGGAUUUCCCAGAUGUUGUUGCAGGAUUUGACAUGGUUGGCAGGGAGGACGGUGGGAGGACUCUUUGGUAUUUCAGGGAGGCACUUUCUCUGCCAGCUAAAUUGGGUGCCACACUGCCAUACUUCUUCCACGCAGGAGAGACGGAUGAUGAAGGCACAGACGUUGACCAAAACAUUCUCGAUGCCCUUUUGUUCAACACCACCCGUAUCGGACACGGAUAUGCUUUGGCACACCACCCACUUGCCAAAGAGCUGUCCAGGAAAGGGAACGUGGCAGUGGAGCUGUGCCCCAUCUCAAACCAGGUGCUGAAGCUGGUAUCGGACCUUAGGAACCACCCUGCAGCUGUGUUGAUGUCUGAGGGUCACCCGAUGGUGAUCAGCUCCGAUGACCCGUCUCUGUUCGGCACCACAGGCCUCUCCUACGACUUCUAUCAAGCCUUUGUGGGCAUUGGAGGGCUGAAAGCAAACCUGGGCACUCUGAAAGAACUGGCUGUCAACUCUAUCAGGUACAGCUCGCUCCCAGCUCAUCUGAAGGACAUGGGCCAUGCCAUGUGGAAAAAGAAAUGGGACGCCUUCAUUUUGGAUAAUUUAUGACAGCAAAACCACAAAGGAUCCUGUUUGACUUGAAUGAUGUUUAUAGUAGCAAACAGCUAAAAUAAAGCCAACACCUGGAGGGCAACUAUUCAAAUU